UUGGUAGAGUUACGAGGCUCAAGGUUACCGGUAUAUUGUGAUGUUAUGUUAUCUCUAGUUCACAGUCAAUUUCCGCAUUCAAUACGGACCACACGUCAGGUUUUGAACUUCACUCGUAUUAAAAGAUUCGACAAUUUUUUUACCCAAUAAAUACUUAAGAACUUAACUAAUCACUUUGAGAACAUUUUUGCCGGUAAGCCGUCGUUCAAUUGUUGAUAUCGUAAGUUUUUUAUCCCAGAUUCAAAAUGGCAAUAGAUUUAUAUCGAACUGAAGCAUCAGCUUCAUGCACAACAGUGCAGCUAGUGGCUGCGGCUUUAGACCUCAAAUUAAACCUCAUCGAUUUGGAUAUGCAAGGCUCAGACCACCUUAAACCGGAAUUUCUCAAGAUGAACCCUCAACACACGAUACCUACCAUAGUGGAUGAUGGGUUCGCCUUGUGGGAAUCCCGGACCAUCGCCAGGCACUUGGUCAACAAGUAUGGUAAAGACAGCACCCUGUAUCCCACGGAUGUCAAACUCAGAGCUUUGGUCGACCAGAGACUAGACUUUGAUUUGGGAACCUUGUAUACCAGAUUUGCGCAGUUUCUUUAUCCUCAAGUCAUGGGAGCUCCAGCCGAUGAAGCUCUAGGGAAGAAACUUGAUGGAGCUCUUGAGGUCCUGAACGCGCUCCUGGAAGGCAACGUGUAUGCCGUCGGGAAGCACCUCACCAUCGCGGACUUGAGUCUCGUCUCCACCGUGUCCUAUCUGGAAGCUGCUGACAUCAGCCUGAAAGAAUACCCUAAUCUUUUGAAAUGGUACGAUCUAGUCAAAUCAUCGGCACCGCAAUAUAAAGAACUACUAGAAAGACCUAAAGCUCUAGUGAGUGAAAUGUUCUCUAAGUUAAAGGCUAAACAGUCGUCGUGAAUGGUUUGGUUAUUAAUAAUUAAUUAUAAAUGAUUGUAAUCUUAUGUUAAGUAUUAUCAAAUAAAUGGUUUUAUCAUAGCCUUA